GACCCGUUCCUCUCUCUUUCUUCUUCGAAGACAGGCGAGAGGGGUCCGAGGCACGAAUUCAGGACGGAAUCUGUCCGGCAGCGCCGGUUAGAAAUCGCCGCUGCCUCUCUCUUUCUCUUUCCGAGAGCGGAGCGCGUUACCGUCGCCGCCGCGACCGAACCCAAGUCGAUCUUCGAGAAGGUGUGGCGGUCAGAUAGAGAGCGGGGGAUAGGAGAAGCGGGAGAAAGGGUAGAGAAGAUCAGGAGAGACGUCAGGGACCUUCGGAACAAGCGUGAGAGGUCGCCAUAGGGCCGGGCGUAAGGCCCCCGCGGGCCAAAUCUCUGAUCCUGAAUCAUCGCUUCUUCUUCAUCGCGCGUUCACCAGUUCUUUCUCCUUUCUCGCUCGCGUGCGCGCAGUAUCCUCCAUUAUCCUCUCCGUGGGAUUCAGCAUAUCGAUAUGCCCGAAAUGAGUUUCGGUGCGUCCUCGGUGCGCAACAGGUCGGCGAGCUGAGCCGAGGGGCCUCGAAGAAGGCCGAUUUCGCUUGUUCGCGAGUCGCGAGGGGCCCGCUCUCCGCCGCUGGUCCCCGGUUCCGUUCCGUUCCGUUCCGUUCCUGCCGUUCAGAUCGGCGAGCGUCACUCGGCAGAACGGAGCGGCCUUACGGCCCCGUGCCCCGUGGAAAAGUGGUUAGGUUCCCGCAGCUGUCAGACGAGGCCGCGAGUUACAGGUGUGCAUAUCGCGUUUGUGCGCCCACGGUCGUGUACAUGUGACGAGUGGCGGGACGCGCCUGCUUCCUUGCGCAGGACUCCGAGAGGAUUUCGCGGAUUUUCCUUCGGGAUAGCUGCGGAACGAGAGAGGCGAAGACCUCCGACAUAUAUACAGUGAUGGCUCUGCGCCUGAGGGGUAGCAAGGAUGUCAAGAAGAGCUUCUAUUACGUCUGGUACCUUGGCGCGAGAGAGGCCAAGGGGGUGGACGCGAUGCCCGGUGCCAUAGCUUACCUGCUGGAGCGGGAACGACUUCAAGAACCUUUCAAGGUCACACUGCAGGUGAGCAACAAAGGUCUGAAGAUAAUACAAACUGUUCAUCCUGGUGGCUCGACGAGAUCGGCGGUGAAACACUUGGUACCAGGUCACGCGGUGCUGGCGGCCGUACAGCGGGAGGACAUCGUGGCCGCCACUCUGCUCCUGCCAAAUCCAGCGACGAACAAUCCCGUGCACGUGCACGCGUACAGAUGCGAUUCGGUCGAGACCGCCGAAUUGUUAGGUGGCCAGUUGAAAGCGCUGGCGUCACACACCGACAAUUUGGCCAGGGUCACGGCGAGCGAAGGCAGAAUCCGCAGCAAUCUAGGCAGCGACGGCCGAAGUACCAGAGAGUCCGAGUCUUCCGAAGGUAGCGGCGAGCUCAGACACGAUCCGGUCCAAACCACGACCAUUUAUGAGUCUUUGGCCGCUGAGUUGCGAGCAAAAUUAGGCAGAGGCAAUUCCGCCGAUAACGAUGUCGGCCCGAUAUUAUUGCCGCCGCGCGAUUACGAUACCGUGCACAGGCACCGUGGCAACUUGGCCGGCAUCGAGUUCAGACGUUGCUUGAAUCAAACCAUCGUGGGUGGUGGUGGCACGGCCAUUGACAGGGGUGGUACGAGAAGCGCGGCCAGUAGCGGUAUAGGAUCCGAUAGCGCGGCGACGCCACCACCUUAUCAGACGCAUCAUCCACCUCUCGCCCACAGACGGCCCAGACCGUCCAGAGAUUCCUCUUCCGACGACGAUUGGGGUGUGCCAAACGAGGAUAAUGAUUAUCUACCAGAAGUGGAGACAGCUGCAAGCCUCACUCUACCGCGGCUGCCGCGAAGCCCCGAAAGGGUACCCAAUCAAGCGAACAGGGGAGUUUCGCCGAGUUGCAACAGGAAUCGACGAGCGGCGGAAUUUAGACAGCGCUCGCCGAGUCCUCAAUAUCAACCCAGGGUCAAUCCCGGCGAGGUGAUCAGUCCCAGAGAAAGGUUCCAAGAUGCCAAGGAAAUGUUUAGGGCGAUGGAGAGGGAGGCCAUCGCUAGACCUGUUCUCUCCAGGCAGAGAGACAUCGAGCAUCAUCCUGUACAUAGAGUCCAGUCGGCUAGACAGGCUCACGAGGAUCGAUCUGGUCGGCAAUAUCCGGCAAGCAUGAACUCCAUGUCUUCCCAAGAGCACGCAAUCAGACGAACUCAGCCGGAUGUGCUUGAUCGUGAAAAUGUUACGUCUUACAAGGGUAGACCUCGACCUAGGACUCAUCAUUAUGCGCUUGAACGUCCACCUGAGCAGGAGACUUCGAGGCCGCGGCCAAGGAGCUUCUACGAGAAUCCAUCAGUCAGCAGAGAUUUCAGAGAUCAGAGAAAUCUCGUAGAUCAGAGAGACAUGCGAGAAUUUCGAGAACGUUCGCAGCACUCGCGGGAAUUGCGCGACAAGCUGCGGACGAGGAGCACGACCUACCAGGAGCUGUCGGAGCACGAAAGAUAUCCUGGACUCGAUCGUGAAAGUGCCAGACCGCCAUUGGAGAUGAUUCCGACAUCCGGAAGAUACCGUCACAGCUACGCCGAGCCGCCGAGAUUGGGUUUAGCUGCGCUUCAUCCGUACUGAUGCAUUAGCCUGUUAAUUGGUGAAUUAUUUAAUGAAUUAACCGAACAUAUCGCGCUAUCGUUAUUAUUCAUGCACUGCGCCUUGACCGUUCAGUGUGUUCAUAGCCAAUGACCUUUAUCCCGCCUCUACAUUAAAAUGAGGAAGGAAAAAGGUGAUCGAGGACUGCGAUAUGGAUAUUUUUACUUUUCGACUCUGGGCCGUUAACAGGUAACAGUUUUCGAUUUUAAUAUUAAUGUCAUUCCUCAUUAUUGGUCGCUCAUGUUAUAUAAUAUGUGCAAAAGUGGAUUAUUUAAUUUAAUUGGCAAAAUAAAUUAUAAUAGCAUAAACUGUAACUACUAUAAAAAGUGAAGUUAUUUGGAAUUUGGAUAGUAUUUUAAGAUUAACGUGUGACUUUAACGAUUUGCUCACGUAUCGUGCCACUGAACAGUCAAUGCUGAUUGGAGAUUGUAUAUGUAUGUAACGAGAGUAAAAGAAGCUUGUAUAUGUAUUACAUACUUUCGAUGAAUCCAAUUCCAUGAUUUUGCGUAUGGUUGUUAUCGAGUACGAACGUUGGAUUUCGUUGACAGAAUAGUUCUGAUUAGAAGAACAAAUUCUAACACGAUCCCGUGUACGUACCAUAUUGUUAUGCGUCAGAUGCCACACUAACAA